ACUGUUUAUAUUACAGAGACUAACUCACGAACUAUACAAUUGUCUCAGCAGAACAAGAUUUCCCUGAAGUCACUGUUGUUGCGAUGGUCAACGGAAUACAAACAGGUUACUUUGACAGUGAUACCCGUCGCUGUGUCCCCAGGCAGCAGUUCCUGGCUGAUUCACUCAGUGUGAAAUUCUGGGACGAUGCUACAGAUCAGGCGAUCACACACACCAGGCUGGCAAAGGGGAAUCUGAAAUCGAUCAUGAAAAGGACAAACCAGACUUCAGGAAAAAUCUCACCGUCAAUUGUCCACAUUAUCCCCCAGGUCACUCCACUCGGUCCAUCUCCCAGCAUUGACCCCUGGGUCUGUCCACUCAGUCCAUCUCUCAGCACUGACCCCUGGGUCUGUCCACUCAGUCCUUCCCCCAGCACUGACCCCUGGGUCACUAUUGGAACCCUUUCCCCUCUGAUCAGACCUGUUGAGGUCAGUGAUGAUGGCAGCAUUAAGAGAUCAAUGAGAUUUGGAUUUGAUGGAAAGGACCACAUUAGUUUAGAGCCAGACAGAAUGAGAUGGGUUGCCGCAAAUCACUUUGCAGUGAUCAAUAAAGAGAAAUGGAAUUCAGAUCAAUCCUGGAACUACUAUUGGGAAUCAUAUCUGCAAAAAACAUCUGUUGAACAUUUAAACAGAUAUCUGGAAGUUGGAAAGGAUUAUUUCACAAGGAAAGUUCAGCCUGAAGUGUUCAUCUCCAGGAGGGAGCCCAGUUGUCAGGACAAGCCGCUCACUCUCUCCUGCCUGGUCACUGGGUUUUAUCCUGUAGACAUCGAGGUGACCUGGCUAAGGAAUGGAGAGGUCAUGUCUGAGACACAUUCCUCGGGGGUUCAACCGAACCACGAUGGGACCCAUCAGAUCCAGAAAGAGAUUGAGAUCAAUGCUGGGGAUGAGGAUCAAUACUCCCGUCACAUUGAACACAGCAGCCUGGCAGAGGCCCAGCUCUAUUAGUGGGGUAAGGGAC